GCGAUCCAGCUCGGGGUGACUGAAUCCAGGCUCCAAACAGAUCCAGGGUCUGGAGCUCCAGCCUUCUCCUGAAAGGGCCUGAAUAUACUGCUGCUGCCCUGGGAGUCAAAUUUCAUGCAACCAUUCCAAUGGUGUAACGGAUGCCUGUGUGGUUUGGGUUCUCAGCGCUCUGAACACUACUGCAGCAUGACGUCUGACAUCUAUCACCUCCCACUCAAUGUGUAUGUCAUUGUGCUGGGCAUCGGCCUCUUCGUCUUCAUGCUCAGCCUCAUCUUCUGCUGCUACCUUUUCAGGUUGAAGCAACAAGGAACAAGGGAGCAGUUCAGCUACAAUGAGGUGGUGCUGAAGGGAGCAAGCAAGAAACUGAGCCUCCUAGGACAAACCUGUGCGGUGUGUCUGGAAGAAUUCAGGACCAGAGAUGAACUGGGAGUGUGCCCAUGCUCACAUGCAUUUCACAAGAAGUGCCUGCUUAAGUGGCUGGAGAUCCGCAGUGUGUGCCCCAUGUGUAACAAACCCAUCCUCCGGCUCCACACAGACGCUCCCCAGGGAGCUGAGGGUCCAAUGGACCCAGAGGAGGUGUGAGGGAGCUGGGAGAGAGGAAACCGGACUCCCCUUACAGAGAAAAAAAACACACAUUAAAUACACUAGGGAUGAUGGACAGCGGUCAUCUUUAAGACAUCUUACAGGAAAUGUUGAUAAUGAUCCCAAGUGGCCGCCCUGCUGCUGACCUUUGAGCAAUAUGCCUUGGUGGGAAAUUGGAUAUUGACAGCACCAAAAUGAAUCGGUCAGAUCAGUCAGGGAUCAGUCAGUUGGAUGAAUAGGACCGUUUCAUAAAAAUGCUCCUAGUUCUACUUCCAUAUUGCACUGUUCACCAAAAAACAUGACAGGAAAAAGGAGCCACAUUAGAGAGCAGGAUAUCAUUGCCACUGUCACUGGACGACUAGUGCAGCACUGCCAGAGACCAACAACACUUCAGGCAUUGAGCAGGACAUCAGAGUACAGGAUCAGUAUGGAUACCUCUAUUAUCUCAGGGGUGUUACCAAUACAGCCAGCACAAACCAUGUCAGUCACCCUAUAACCCUGUGCCACACAUGCAUCUUCAAUACUGCCAACGUAGGUGAAAUGCUCCAGCAGUCAGGGGUGGCCACAACCUCCGGCUGAAACCAAGACCAGCGGGAUUACAACCAUGACGAUUUAAGUAGACAAUAUUGUUACAGAUUGUGUCCCAGGCCCUCUCCUUUUAAAAAGAGACUGAUAGAAAACUAGUCUUGCCUGUAUGUAUUGUAUGUAAACAUGUCCCUAUAUAUUGUUAUUUUGUAUUUGUUGCUUUUAAAUAAAACGUCACGUAAUGUAUUGUAA